AUGUAUCCCAUUAUAACAAUUAUCGUCCUUGCGAGCUCCGGCACUGGUCAACUCGACUGGAGUAGCAUCACUCUGGAUCCCCCAGUGGGUAUGGCUCCAGCCGGCGAUCAGCUGGACCUAAGCGGGAUAGUCCUCGACCCCCCAGUGGAACCGACGACUGCCGGGAGCCCGAUUGAUUGGAGCGGUAUCACUAUUGAGCCUCCAAUCGAUCCGGCGACCGGCGGAAGCCAGGUGAACUGGAGUGGUGUCAGCUUGGAGGCUCCCGUGAGCACGACCACUGGGGGCAAUCCGGACUGGUCCAACGACACUCCUGAAGACCAGGGGAGUACAGCGACGGAGCAGCCGAACAAUAAUAAGUAA